GUUUCGAAUUCAGUUUCGUUUUCUUUUCUUGUUCUUCCCAAAAUUUUCCUAGGGGACAAAUCUCUCUCUCAGAAGAAGGAGGAGGAGGAGAAAAUGCUCGAGAGCUACUUCUCUUUCUUGCCAUAUUAAUACCCGAAUCAGACAAGCAUGAAAUACCCAUAAUUCAACUCGGCAUCUUUAAUGCUUUGUCUGGUCGUAGUUGUUUGUGAGACCCACCACUCGAGAAGAAGAAGAAGAAGCAGCAAGCACAUACACGCGUACACCCAUCUCUCUCUCUCUGAAGCCCACUUUUUAGGCCUGUUUUUGCACCUUGUCGUUUCGCGGCUCCUAUGAACCUUCUUCAUCUCUAUCCCCCGAAAUGCCCAAGGAUAAAUCAUCAGGGUGCUCAGAAAUGGUGACCCACUUGAGCGUAUUGAACAAAUUUAAGCGCUUGAAGAACCCUCUUGAGCCUUCUUCAGGAAUAGUUGGGUUCCUGUUUGUCGCUGCCCUCUUCAUUGGCUCUUGCUUCUACUUGGACUACAGGGCAGUAACUCAGAGGCUACGAAACACUGGGCAGUCCUGGCUCCACGGAGGCCGGGUGCCGCCGAAUGAGGCGGCGGCGGCCGGGCGGCCCGGGUUUCUCGACGAGGGCGGCGGCAGGUGCGACGCGUUUGAUGGGAAUUGGGUGUGGGAUGAGAGGUAUCCUCUGUAUGAGAGUAGAGAUUGUGCCUUGAUUGAUGAAGGUUUCAGGUGUACUGAGAACGGGAGGCCUGAUAGUUUCUACACCAAGUGGAGAUGGCAACCCAGGAUGUGUGACUUGCCCAGAUUUGAUGCAAAGAUGAUGCUGGAAAGGUUGCACAACAAAAGGGUCGUGUUUGUCGGCGACUCAAUUGGUCGGAACCAAUGGGAAUCCCUCCUCUGCAUGCUCUCGUCUGCUCUUUCAGAUAAGGGCGCAGUCUAUGAAGUGAAUGGUAGACCGAUCACCAAGCACAAUGGGUUCUUGGUGUACAAGUUCAGAGACUUCAACUGCACAGUUGAAUAUUACAGAUCUCCAUUUCUAGUGGUCCAGGGCCGAGCUCCAGUUGGAUCUCCAGAAGACGUGAAGGUUACCCUGAAGUUGGAUCAGAUUGACUGGACUUCUAGCCAGUGGUCAGAUGCUGAUUUGCUGGUUCUCAAUACCGGGCAUUGGUGGAAUUAUGAGAAGACUGUACGCGGGGGCUCUUACUUCCAGGUUGGAAAUGAGGUUAAGAUGAAUAUGACUGUUGAAGAUGCUUAUCGGAGAUCGCUAGAGACGGUACUUGACUGGAUCAGUGCUCAUGUGAAUAUGAGCGAGAGUCAGGUCUACUUUCGAUCUUUUGCACCUGUACAUUUUAGAGGUGGAGACUGGAAGUCCGGGGGAACAUGUCACUUGGAGACUCUACCUGACUUGGGCUCCUCCCCAGUUUCGUCGGUCCAUUUGAAAAUUCUUACCAAUCUGUUAACUGAUCGGUCCAACCAAACAGUAAACAAUAACCUUGACGUGCUGAAUAUCACAGCUAUGACCGCGCACAGAAAAGAUGGCCAUUCCUCUCUAUAUUACCUGGGGCCUGAGUUGGGUCCUGCUUCGCUCCACAGGCAGGAUUGUAGCCAUUGGUGCUUGCCCGGCGUUCCGGAUGUGUGGAAUGAGCUUCUUUAUGCCUUUUUCCUCAAGCAUGACUCUGUGCGGUCGCGGGAUUUGACAAAUGCCUCGUAAGUUUCGUGCUGAACGAGUAUAAUGCGGUGGUGUUUAUACCAACAUGAAGAGCUUUACGCCGUAGGAGUCGCGCGACAGCAAAUUGAUCACAUAGCUUUUAGUUCACUCUUUAUCCUCGAUUACCCGCACGUCCCAGAAUUUUGGGAAGUCGAUGAGAAGCCACACAACUGGACAGGAUUCAACCACAGGUGGAAAGUUUUUACCAUUCUUGUUUUCACUUUCAUCUUUUACUUUCUUUUUUUGGGGUUUGGAUAUGAUUACAUAGAUGUCAAAAAGCAGGACAGGGGCUACAAAGAAAGUAGAUACACACGUUUUCAUUGUACAUGCCAUAAAUAUACACGAUUGAAAUAAAAUGAUGAAAGGAGUGUUUUCGUUAGA